AUGACCACUCGCAAGAGAAAGCAGGACGCCGAGGAGCUCCAGGCCCUCCCUAGCGACGAGAGCGAAGAGGAAGAAGAAUAUGAAGACUCCGAGCCUGAACUAGCGGAAGGAAGUGACGAUGGUGAAGAAGAAGAGCCCGAGGGCGCAUCCGAGUCAGAUGAAGACGAGGAUGAAGAGGAAGAACCAGCCAAAGACGAAGGCCCGCCGGUAGCCAAGAAACAGAAGACCGCGCCCAUAGUCGAUGACGACGAGGGCGUCGAGGUCGCUGAGACUGAUAAGGACGAUGAGCCUGUCGAGGAAGAAGGCGAGGAAGAGGCAGCUGCUGAUACGGCUAAGAAGAGCGGCCCUGCUGCAGCUGCUGUUAAGGAAAAGGGCGGCGUCGUUCCUAAGGAGUCGGAUCUGUCUGAGAUCGAGGCGGCUGAGGAAGAGGAAUAA